AUGCAGAACGUUCCGGCUCUGGGAUGUGAAGAUGAGUUGUCAAAAUUGUUUGGCUCUUAUGGAGAUGUUGAAGAAUGCAAACCAAUGGACGAUGAGGAUUGUGAGCCAUUCACUGAUGUAUAUUGGAUCAAAUUUCACCAAGUCAGCAAUGCCAGGUUUGCAAAAAGAAAAUUGGAUGAGUUUGUUUUCCUUGGGAAUCGCUUACAGGUCUCAUAUGCACCUCGGUAUGAGACCCUUGCAGACACAAAAGAGAAACUAGAAGGACGGGGAAAGGAAGUUUUAGCUCGAUUGAAUCCUGGAAGGUCCAAUGUGUCUACAGUUCACAAGCAAGGUGCUAUUUCCAAAUUGAUACAUGGUGACACAAGGACCUCUGGAGAGGUGCAGCAUAUCUCUCACAGCGGAGAUUCUUCCGUGGAUAGAGUUACUUCCGACAAGAAGUAUUUUCCUUCCCAAUCAAUGAAUCAGACGGUGCAGAUGGUGAGACAGAAACUUGAUGAGAUUAAAUCUGGUACUCAGCAUUUAGAAGGUGGACCAUCAAAGAAACCACGGGUUGACAAUAGACGAAGAAUCUAA